AUGGUCCUACUCCGAGCGUACAGUCAUCGGUGGCGGCCCGGCAGUACCACGGCUUUGCGCGUAGUAAUGAUCACCGCCAUGGGAUGCUCAUCGUCCGUCGUGCUGGAGGAGGAGAUACCACACACUACGACCCCGGUGACCCGAGGACCUCAAACGUUUGUUGGACCGCAAAGCAACAAUCCGGAAACGGUGCUGGAUGCGUACCGGAGGAUGGAUGAAGAGAUUUGUGCACUGGAAAGUACCACACCGGGUCCGAGGUUGGCCACGGCCGAGGCUUGGGUAGAUCUGCUGGACAAUGCGAAAGCGCGGGAUGGGAAAUCAUUCACCGAUGAUCAGCAACGAGUUGCGGGACGUUUGGCCAAUGGGAACGUUCCGAAUGGAGUCACGGCGAACUUUAUCGAUCAACCAGCGACAACCGAUCGGGAUAGUUUAAUCGAUGGCAGCCGGAAGGAGAUGGUCAAGGUUCGUGAAGUUGUCCUCCGUUUGGAUAUCGUGUUCAAUCAGCUUAAGGCGGCUCAACAGGAAGAGUUCGUCGCAAGGCUCUCUCGGGCCGCCAUGGACCAAGAGGCGGAACAGUUCCGGGAGGAAAUGGUAGACCACGCGCGCCAGCGAGUCCUCGCCCUUCAGGCCUCUUUCGAACGUUUGAAACGCCUAUAUCUCGAACAGGACUACGCGCUAGCGAUGGUUUACAACGGAAGGUACGGAUCGCCAGCGGAACAACGGCUCGACGGUGAACUCGACGCGGCCCGUGACGUUCGGGAUCGGCUAGGGGGUGCCGUGGAGCAGUGGCGCAUUGCCGGAGGGCUCCUCCGGGCGGCCGCCAAAGGACUUCAUCAAACCGUAGACUACUGGGAGUUGCUGCGGCCUUCAAAAGAUGCAGAUGAAACGGUCCGGCUUGCCUUGGAUGCGCGUACGAGCUGCCACGGGGCACUGGUCGCACUGGAAGCGGCGCAGACAGCACUUCCACACGUCGAAAUUCCGUACAUUACCAUCCGGCAGCAGUCGGCCGUUCGGCACGCACUUAUCUACCUCCUCACCGACAUGGUUAAUCCGGCACGGUAUCAACAUACGCGCGAUGUGUUCGGUGUGUUCGGUGCGAAUGUGUCCAAGGCGGUGCACUGGCUGCACGAAUGCUACGACGAAACGUUGCGGCAGGAUUACAACACGGCCGACCAGAGUGCAACGUUGCUGGCAAAAACGCUGCGCGAAGAAAGACUCCGGUACAUCGGGAGCAAAGUGCCGAACAAAAUCUACGUCAAACCGGCAAUCGGGAAGUGA